AUGACGAUAAGGGGCCGCUGCGCUUCUGGAGAUCUCAGUUGCAAAGAACAGUACUACUCUGAGCAACACUCUUCCUUGAUUAACAAGGCCUACCAGACCCUCCUGAACCCUUUGAGCCGUGGCCUCUAUCUACUGGAGCUGAAUGGUGUAGAGCCGGCACAAGAGACAGACUGUGAUGCAGACUCGGUGUUUCUCAUGGAAAUCAUGGAAAUUAAUGAGAAAUUAGCAGAGCCUAAAAAUGAGGAUAUGCUUGAAGAAAUUGAAACCUUAAUUAAAGUUAAACAAGAAGAACUGACCAAAGAGGUGACUGCAGCUUUUGAAAGAGAUGAUCUUCAAGAAGCUAAGAAGCUUCUAGCCAAAAUGAAAUAUUUUGCAAACCUAGAGGAUAAACUAAAGAACAAGAAGAUCCCUUCCUGAUACUGCCUCCUUUACCAUUAAGAGUUAAUGUUAUUUUCAAUUAAACAGCUGAUUUAGUUACCAAAA